GGGCGGGCACCGGGGCCGGAGCGGAGCCUGCGCUGCCGCCCGGGCCGGGCCGGGCCUCGCCGCCGCAGCCGCACCGGGACCGCGUUUCCCGAUCCCUAUUCCCGGCGCGUCCCGCGGGCCCCCGGCGGCGGCGGGAGCGGCGCUGCCCCCAUGGCCGCGCAGCCGCCGCCCAGCGCCGCCGAGCCCGUGGAAGCGGAGCCGGGCGGGCCGUACGAGGCGGUGGCGCCGCACUGGUUCUACUGCAGGGUGACGGACACGCGGGAGCGCUGGGUGCCGUUCAGCGCGCAGGACUCGGAGCGGCUGGAGGAGGCGCACGGCGCAGGGAAGGCCCAGGAUGACGUGGUUGUCCCCACCUCGGGGGGCAGGUACGACGUGCACCUGCGGGCGCGGCGGCGCAUGGCCGUGUACUGGGAGGAGGAGGAGGCUGAAGUGCGACGCUGCACCUGGUUUUACAAGGGGGACAAGGACAAUAAGUUCAUUCCCUACUCGGAGUCCUUCAGUGAGGAGCUGGAGGAAGCUUACAUGAUUGCAGUGACCCUGGGAGAGUGGAAGAAGAAGCUGGAGUCCCCCAAUAGAGAAGUCAUUAUCCUGCACAACCCAAAGCUGAUGGUUCACUACCACCCCGUGGCCAGCUCUGAUGACUGGGUCUCCACCCCCACGGAACAAGGUCGGCCCCGCACUGUGAAGAGAGGAGUGGAGAACAUCCCUGUGGAGAUCCCCAACGGAGAGCCGCUGCAGAUCGACCACCUGGUGUUCGUGGUGCACGGGAUCGGCCCCGCCUGCGACAUCCGCUUCCGCAGCAUCGUGCAGUGCGUGAAUGAUUUCAGGAACGUCUCCCUCAGCAUGCUGCAGUCCCACUUCAGGAAGGCCCAGGAGCAGCAGCAGGUUGGCCGGGUGGAGUUUCUGCCCGUGAACUGGCACAGCUCCCUGCACUCCACAGGCGUGGACGUUGACCUGGAGCGGAUCACGCUGCCCAGCAUCAACCGCCUGCGUCACUUCAUCAACGACACCAUCCUGGACGUGUUCUUCUACAACAGCUCCACCUACUGCCAGACCAUCGUGGACACGGUGGCCUCGGAGAUGAACCGUCUGCACCGGCUCUUCCUGCAGAGGAACCCGCAGUUCAGGGGCGGGGUGUCCAUCGCGGGGCACAGCCUGGGAUCACUCAUUUUGUUUGAUCUCCUGACUAACCAGAAGGCUGAUCCCGAGGAGGAUGAGCACUGUGCACAGGUAUGGGAGGUCACUGACCCCUUUCUCCUGCAGCUGCAUGGGGAUGGGGGAGAGCACAAUAUGCACAGGAGCAGACUGGUGAGCAGAAAGCAUGAUCCCUUCUGGAUCUGUUCACAGGGGUCCAGGACAACCUCAAGCAUGGUGGGUAUUGAGGAAGUAAAAGAAAUCCUGAAGAAGCUGGAGCUGUCUGAGUAUUGUGAUGUUUUUGAAAAGGAGAAAAUGGACAGGCAAGCACUGUUUUUGUGCACAGACAAAAACCUUAAAGAAAUGGGAAUUCCCUUAGGGCCAAGAAUGAAAAUACUCCAUUACAUCAGCUCCAAGACAGAGAUGAAGGAUCAGAGCUCAGCAGCUCCCAGGCACAGUGAGUGUGGAGCCAAGCCAGGAUCCCUGUCCCAGCAUGGGGACAGCUCAGAGGAGAUCAGGAGCUGCCAGUACAGGGACGUGGGCUUGGGACAGGUGUCAGCAAACUACCCCCAGCUGAACUACAAGCCCAGCAUCUUCUUCGCCUUCGGCUCUCCCAUCGGGAUGUUCCUCACCGUGCGAGGGGUGAAGCGCAUCGACCCCAGCUACAGCCUGCCCACCUGCAAGGGCUUCUUCAACAUCUUCCACCCUUUUGACCCGGUGGCGUAUCGCAUCGAGCCCAUGAUCGUCCCGGAGCUGGAGUUCGAGCCCAUGCUGCUGCCCCACCACAAGGGCAGGAAGAGGAUGCACCUUGAACUGAAGGAGGGGCUGACCCGCAUGAGCGUGGACCUGAAGAACAACCUGCUGGGCUCCCUGCGCGUGGCCUGGCAGUCCUUCACCCGCGCCCCGCUGCCAGCCCUGGAGCCAGGGAGCGCUGAGGCUGAGGCUGAGGCAGAGGCUGGCACUGAGAAGCAGCCAGACAUGAAGGCAGAGGAGCCCCCAGCAGCAGUGAAGGAAGAGCCCCCCCCAGUCAACGUGGGGAGGCUGAACGGAGGGAACCGCAUCGACUACGUGCUGCAGGAGAAGCCAAUAGAGAGCUUCAAUGAGUAUUUGUUUGCACUCCAGGGGCAUCUCUGCUACUGGGAGUCAGAGGACACGGUUCUGCUGGUUCUGAAGGAGAUCUACAAGACACAAGGCAUCACACUGGAUCAACCUUUACCAGGAAGCCAGUGACCAACCUGUGCUGUACUGGCUGUCCAGUCCCACUGAGUUCUCACCAGGAAAGUCCAGAUCUCUUCUCUGCUGCCGUGUCCUGCAUGCUGCUUCCCAAGUACUUGCUGCUGCCUGGACAUAAGGAUGGAUUUUCUUCCAUUUUGGGUAGGGGGAAAAACUGUCAAGGGAAAACCACUUCUGCUCAAGCACACACAACACCUGUACAGUGACUCCCUGUGGCAACGCGUACUUUUCACCCUGCACCCUGUGAGUCCCCACAGCAGCUCCUCCAGCAGUGCAGCAGAGCUGUCAGGCUCCUUGGGGAGGACAAUCAGAGCCCGGGACCUGAGGAGAAAAAGCCUUAAACACAGAGCAUGGCAAGAGCUCCAGCAGCCCUGGAGCAGGGGAGGCUGCUGGCUGCUAACAAACACCCAGAGCAGCGCAGGCCUGGGAGGCAAAGCCCAGGGCACAGGCUGCUGCUGAGCCAGCAGGGUCUGUGCAGCAGCCACUCACAUCCCUGCACUGCUGCUGCAUGUUUGUGCAGCCCCGGCCAUGCCAGGCAGGGCUGCCCUGUAAGAGAGCAGCAUGUUCCUGCUCCUCCCUGCUGUCUUGUGCUGGUAGUGCCAGCUCAGCUCCCUCACCCAGCCCGUGCUGGCAAACCAGGGGCUCCCCCUGCACUGACCAAGGCUGUACCUGCUCCCAGGAAAGCUUCACCCCAGCCCCAGCUGGGGAGUAGCAGCUGCUCCUGGCAGUGUCAGGGCAUCGUGAGCCCUUUGUCCUGCAGGACAUGGAACCAUCAGCUAAGGAUGGAGAUUCUGUGCCCAGCACCCUCCAGUCCUUGGUUUUAGCUUUAAAUGUACAAAACACAGCCAGCAAAGGUGCAGCCCAGAUCCAGCAGGGUCUGGGCACUGCAGGAAUGACACCAGCUCAGUCUGCACCUGCCUUGAAGCUUUUUUCUGAGGGGGACAGGGUAGAAAGCCUCAGUGAUCCUUCCUGGCCACCAAAGCCCCUGGGCUGGCACAGUGCCUGGGCUGGGGCUCCAGUGCUGUGUGAGGUGUUGCUGUGCAGCCUUUGGAAGAGCCAAACCACUUUUCCUCCUGCUGACUUUUGCCCUGCAUGGGGUAAGAAGCCUUUUUCCCCCACAGCCUGUUGGUUUGUUUUUCCUCCAUUGUCUGUCAUUUGCACUAUUGGAAGGGUUUUGUUUGCAGCCUCCAUCCCUCCUCCCUUCCCAAGGAACAGAAGCUGUUCUUACCUGAGUGCAGGAACAGCCAAGCUGCUUGGUCAGCACCUGAACUGCUGCUGGCUAAGGUCUCAUGGGAGUAGGAAAUGGGACAGUCUUAACAUGGGACACUAAUGAUCAGCUUUUUAAGUUAUGCACUUUGUUUAAAAAAAAAAAAAAAGAAGUUAAAUACAUUUUAAAUGUUAUUUAAUGUCUUUUCCAGUAAAAGCCAAAAUAAAUAAGUAGAUGAC